GACAAAGGAAGUGAACCGAAAUGUCGUAACAAUAUAUGAUACUGUUGUUUUAACUUGUUUCUAUUGACUACACGGAGUUCCCGCUUUAUCAAAAUGCAAGAAAAUGAUACAACUAGAAGUAGAACCAGUUAUUUUAAAAAAUUACACGAUUGAGAGACGUAUAGGAAAAGGGGCUUAUGGGAUAGUUUGGAAAGCGGUGAAUAAGAAAACACACAAAAAAUUAGCACUCAAAAAGAUAUUUGAUGCUUUCAGGAAUCAAACAGAUGCUCAGAGGACGUUUCGAGAAAUAUCAUUUCUACAGCAAUUUUCCAAUCACCCAAAUAUCAUCCGUCUUUUAAAUGUUAUAAAGGCGGAGAACGACAAAGAUAUUUACUUAGUUUUUGAAUACAUGGAAACUGACUUAAAUAACUGCAUCAAAAAAGGAAAUAUUCUGAAAGAUGUUCAUAAAAGGUUCAUUUUGUACCAGUUGUUACGAGCAGUUAAAUAUAUUCAUUCCGGGAAUGUAAUACACCGUGAUUUAAAGGUAAAACAUUCUCAUGAUAUUUAUUCUGUGGGAUCGCUUUAUAAAGGCACCCAACACUGCUUUUGUCGCCAUUUUAUUUACUGACACAUAUCACUUUCUCAUCGAACUUCACUUUUAAAACAGUAAGAAUCGUUGUUAUUUGGAUAUACUGUGAAAUAGACAUAUGUAGAACGUUUAUUUUUAACAUGGAUGUCCCUUAUUAUUACUUUUACCAACUGAACAACUAUUUUCUUCUCAAAUAAAUGUACUGAGUUGUUGAAGUUGUCAUUAGUCUCAUUUUAGCAAAUCGGACCUUUUGAUCCCACUGAAUAAAAUGAACUUUUUUCUCUCCCUUCUCAGGAGUGAAGAUAAAAGUUCAUGUGUCUCAUACAGUGUCUGAUACUCUUAUGUACUACUGAAACCCACUUUUGCUUCUUAACUUUUUACGAAGCUGUUUUUUAUGUAUUUUUGUUAAAAAAACUAUGUGACUUGUAGUCUCGUUUUAGUACAAAUGCAAAUUAAUUUUGUAGGAAUUUUCAAAAUGUUGGGAUCAACUUUUUCAAACAUAUACAUUAAGACAGGCAUAACGGAGAAAUAUGACAUAAUUUCUUUAAAAGUCAUUGCUUAAUGCACGGAAUUUUAGAAUGCACUUUUUCAUCUCACAGCUAAGGGACGGAAUGCGACCAGUAUAAGUUACUUCAAUCCGUAACGGUUCCUAAUGCUGGAGUUGUUUGCAUUCAAUGUAACUUCGAGCCAACCGGACCGAAAUAUAAUACUAAACUUUAGUUUCGAUUAUUGUCUUUGUAGGCUGUAUUACGUGUUGGUUUUACAAUUAGAUAUUUAGGUCGUAAGAAAUAAAAGGACAAGCUAAUCUUACUGGUUCAACUUUUUUCUAUAAUUUACAAAUUUCUCACCACUCCAACGCUGUUUACUCGUUUUCCUCUGUCUCACAUUUUAUUUGCCACUCUGUGUUUGUCAGCUUUAAUUUCCUGUGAUGAUAUUAAUACCUUUAUUUGUAUGAAGUUCUAUUUUACCAUUUUUAUUGAUAAAUCGUUUUUGAUAGCAAUCUUAUUUCGUUUCUCACUCUUUAUUAUAUUUAUUUACAUUACAUUCCAUUGUUUAUCACUGUGUACAAUUUUUUGUAUGACCCUGCUAAAGAUUCUAUUAUUUCCAUUAUUUUAUUUAUGUUUAUAUAUGUACUGUGAAAAACUAAGGUUUGUAUGUGUUUGGGUAAGUAUUCCCUCUUUACAAUUGAACACACCCAAAAGCCAAUUUUUUUAUUUAAAUUUUGUCACCCAACAUUCCUUUUACUGACCCAGUUAUUCUUCACAUUGAACGUAUCAUGAAACGGUUUAUUCUUCAUACGUUAAAAGUUAUUUAUUUAUUUAUUCUUUAAAACCUUCAAUACCCUCCCACAUCAAUAAUAUGUAUAUGUAUAAACUAACAGUAAAAAUAUAUUUUGUAAAGUAUUUUGGACUGAUGGAAUCGUCGAAUAAUUGACAUUUUCUCCCUAAUAUCUUUCCAACUUUGAAAAAGGAAAGUUUGUUUACCUUAGAGAAAUUUAUGAAACAAUCUGAAUAUUUACAUUCUUGUUCACUCAGAGUGUUGCCUUUUCCCUUGUGUAUGUUAAGGUCUACUGCUGUAGAGGUUGAUACUGCACUGGCUGUGUUCACCUGCAUUUUUGCUGUGUAUGGGACAGGGGAGUUAGGUCAUCUGCGAAGUCCGGAUCGUCUAGCGGCAUCCAAGUUGUCUAUUGUGUUUCGUGCUUUGCCUGAGAUAUGGAGGUUUUCGAACUCCAGUCAGCCGCCGGAAUAAAGAGAAAGGGAGAAAGAAAACAUCCUUAUCUGACACCGGUCUACACUUAGAAUGGAUCUAUGAGCUGACUUCCAUGCACCGCUCUGCAGUGAAUGAAUUCUAUAUGAAUUCUGUAUGAUGAUGAUGAUGAUAUUCUCAGGUACGACAUAGUGUCAAAAGAGAUUCGAUAAGGUCCUUAUAUCUAUUCUGUGAAUAUUUUGUUAUAGUCAAAUAAUUCGAUGAAUAGUGACGACCUCAACAAUCACUUGUAGUGUCACGAUUUAAUCGGUAUGCGACCAAUUCAUCCAGCCUCUCGAUCUUAAAGCUGGUUGUCUGCUGAAUCUUUCAUCCAGUUCAGCAGCACACUAAUCAAAACCUCUCCUGGUACCUACAGUAGUGUGGUCCCCCUGUAGUUCCCACACUUACUAAGAUCUCCUUUCUUUGGUAUCCUGAUGAUUUAUCUUUCGUUCCAGUCUGAUGGUGAUUGCUCUUCCUCCCAAAUUCGUCUUAACAGAACAUGAAGCAUCUUAGAAGUUACCUCUGUGUCUUACGUGUUUCGUGUGUUGUGUUAUAUGGUUUUGCUGCUUGCCCACAUGAUUUAUCUAAUGGUCAUAAUGAUGCCUUCCGGUCGUUCUUCAUAGUAGUUUCUUCUUAUUUGAUUCGGCCUUGUAAGGCUUGGAGCCUGUUAUUGAGAGCUAUCUUGAAUUCGUUGAGUUUGUCAGUAUAUUAAAGCAAGGCUAUACUAAACGUUUGUAAUGCUGCUUUUAUUGAAACAGAUAUGAUCGAUCUGAUUCUCUUUAGUGUGAUCCAGUGAGACCCAUGUAGAUUUGUGUAUGCCUUUAUGGAAGAAUAUUGUGCCGCCUAUAACCAUUUUGUUGAAUAGACAUAGAUUUGCAAAUCUCAUUAUUCUCGUCUCUUUCUCCUAGUCCAUGUCGUCCCAUGAUAUCUUCAUAUUCGGUGUUUUCCAUUCCGAAUUUGGUGUUUAGAUCUCCCACCAGGGUGAUUAGAUCCUUUCCUGAGCACUUCGCCAUGAUCGACUGAAGCCUCGUAAAACGGAUCUUUAUCGUCGUCACUGCUAUCAUUUGUGGGUGCAUAACACUGGAUAACAUUCAUUGUGAUCCCCUCCUUUGUUUUGAAUGGUGCCUUGAUGAUCCUGGAAUGAUGAUAUUCCCAUCCUAUGAGUGCUUUACGUGCUUCUUUGGACAGCAUCAGAGCAACUCCGUGUGUGGAGCAUUUUCUUCUUGGUGACCAGAGUACAAUAACACUUCUCUCAAAGCUAAUCUUUUCUAUCCAGCAUGGGUCCAAUGGGUUUCACUUAUUCCGAGAACCGCCAAGUUGUAUCUCUUCAUUUCUGUGGCUGUUUGAUUGGUCCUCCCGGUCUCCAAGAUUGUCCGGACAUCCCAUGUAUCUAUAUUAAUUGUUGCUUGGUCGUUAGGAGAGAUAUCGGUCUCGUGAAUCCAGAGGAAUAUCAGCUUUCACCACGAGACGUCAUGAUUCUCCUAAAUGAAGAUUCUUCAACUGCCAGGAUAGACUUCAAAUGGUUUGAAUUAUGUUUUCUGGUUAGAGUGUUUUAGUAAUGUUGUCUUCUAUGGAGCGAAGUGGCUGACCCCAUGCCAGACCCUCCUACUUUAUUCGGGCUUGGGACCUGCAUUUACUGUAGAAUGGCUAUGGGCCAUCUAAUGUUCUGUUAAACUCAGACUGUUUGGUGAAACUAUGUGAUUUCGGCUUGACACGUUCAUUGACAAAUACUCUAGAAAAUCGUACAACAUCUAUGGAAUCAUUUAUAGAUGGAGAUGAUGAUUAUGACAAUCCUGUGCUAACCGAAUAUGUAGCUACGAGAUGGUAUCGGGCACCAGAAAUUCUGCUAGCUUCAAAUCGUUAUACAAAAUAUGUAGAUAUAUGGAGCUUAGGGUGCAUAUUAGGCGAAAUGUUACUUGGCAAAGCAUUAUUUCCCGGUACAUCGACAAUCAAUCAAAUUGAGAGAAUCAUAUCGGUUAUGGAAAGACCGACAAUACAAGACAUUGAAUGCCUUCAUUCAGACUACGGUAGAUCAGUGUUGGAUAAAGCUUUACAGAAACCAUAUCGUCGCUUACGUACGUUAUUUUCAAAUAAUACAGAAGAACAAGCUUUAAAUUUACUUGAAAAUAUGAUUCAGUUGAACCCAGAGAAACGCUUCACUGUUGAACAAGCAUUAAAUCAUAGUUACGUGGAAAACUUUCGUGAUCCUUCAUCUGAAAUCGUAUUGAAACAUCCAGUUACUCCAAUUCUAAGAGAUGACAAACAAUUAAGCGUAUCAGAUUAUCGUCAAAAGUUAUAUGAGAUUAUAGUGGAAAAGAAAGCUCAACAUAAAAUGCGUAAAAUGCUGCGUUCAGUUGAACUGAAUGAAAACAAAACAACUGGAAAUUCAUUGGCUUCAAAGAAAGAAUUGAAUCAUGAAAAUACUUCUGAAAACAAAUCCAAAACCGAUCUGAUUAAUCAAAAUAUCAAUAGAGUUGGCUGUCACGAUCCAAAACUAAGUAAUACCAACCAACAAUAUAAACCAACUGAAACAGUAAAUCAAUAUCAAUGUCGCUCUGAUUUAAAUGAGACGAAAUCUCUGUCAGAUUCAUAUAAUUCGCGAAAUCAAGGUAGCACAAAUAUUAACCACAAUGUAUCAAUCUCAUCACCGGUGAAUCAUAUAAAACAUUUACACAGCAACAGUACAUUAGAAAAUGAACACACUUCUCAAUCCAGUGUAUAUAAUCAGCCAAAAUCCACAUCUGUUUCUAUAAUUAAGGCGAGCACAAACUCCAAUCUAACGAACAAUAACAUAUCUGGCGAAUUACGUAGACGAGUAACGAUACCUACCUCAUCUGUCAGUUCACAAAAAUAUAAACAUGAAUUUUCUUUAAACUCAGAGAGCCAAAAUAACACUCAGAUUAUGAAAACCAGUAUGAGUAAGGAGGCAAAUAACCCAAUUAUCCUUCGGGGAAACAGGAAUACAAAUUUCGGAAGAAAUUCUCAGCACAACUCAGUGAAACCAAUAAAUUAUUGUCAUACAAAUAACAAACAACAGAUCGUCAACACACCGUCUACAUCAUCGUUAAUAACACCAUCAAAAUUAUACUCUCCAUCUUUUAGUAAUUAUAAUCAAACAUAUGGUACAAUAUCUUUAUCUCAACUACACCAAUUACAUACACGUAAAUGGGCAAAUUAAGGAAAUAAAAUAAAUUUUUUGCGAAAAUCUGUAAACAUCUUUUUUUUCUUCUUGAUCUUCAUGUUUUCAUUAGAUCAUUAAAUAUACACAUUCAUAUCAGGGAUAAAUCAUUAGCAAAUGAAUAAUACAAUGUCCAUUCAUUGUAUUUACAAAUUGCAAUGUGUACUUUACCAUGAUUAAAAUUUAACACCACUACCGUGAUUUUCUGAAAAAGGAAAAUUCGCAUUUUUUAAAAAUUUUAAAUCAUUUCUAUGAAAUUUUCACAUUUACUACUUCAAUGAACUGGUUCUUCUUUUACAAUUUAUGAAUCUACUUUUCAUUCUAACUAAUGAUAAUCGAUGUAUUUUCAUUAAUUCAUUAAACAUGUACUAAAUAGUAAUUCAAGGAAGUUGUAUAAAUUUCAUUAGAAUGAAGAAAAUUGUACUAAUAGUUUUUAAUAUUCGGAAUAUGUUGUAUCCAUCUUUAUUUAUGAGUACUAAUAGAUAAAUAAAUAAUGUGCAACUAUGUUCAAUAUUUGUAUACUUCAUUGUAGUCCUAAAUGUUGUUAUAUCUCUAGAAAUAGUUUACGAUGACGAUUAUGUUGACAGUAAAAUAAAGAGGAAUAAAUAUAACUAAUCUGUUCAUUAUGUUUACUGUUGCUGUUAUUAUUAUUAUUUACAAUAAAUGUGUAAAAUAAAUUUGGAAUAGAUUUUUUCUUCCUAUUGUUAAUCGUGUCUCUUUCAACAUGGAAGUGUACUUCAUAUGCUCUUGAGUAGUUUAGUUCAGAU